AUGGCGCCAAAAGACGAGACGCGCGCGCGCAUCGACAGCAUCAAGGCCGACCUCCAAUCGACAUCGACAUGCACCAACGCUACCGUCAGCGCGCUCCAGGAGUUGCUCCUAAGAAAAGAAGAGGAAGCCGUACAGAAGGAAAACGUCAGGGGCAAGGCCCAGACGACUGCGCGGAGGAGGGCGGGGACAACAGCGGCUGCAGAGGGCGAAAAGCAGAAGACACAGACAAUGGCACCGAGAGAGAAAUACAUACUGGCUACUGAAGUCGCAAACAAGACACUGCAGACACUUGCCGAGGCGCUGAAGAACCCAAUGCCCAUCCUCGCUCCCCGACUCCCUUCGAAACCGAAACCAACACCCGCCGAAGAGGCACGCAAGCCAGCACGAGCCCGGGCCGGCGCUGCAAAGAGCUCCUCGAUCCCCCAAAAGCCUCUGCGUGAGCGAUCCGCCUCUCAGGUUCACAAUUCGCCUCAGAAACGUGCCCCGCGCCGAUCGUCGUCAUACUCGUCGUUCCUCUCCACAGGCCCUGAUCCCGGCCUAGUCGCUACGGCCGAGUGCGCAAGGGCAGCAUUCGCAUACCUGGGUACGCCGGAGGCGACAAAGGUCUUGGGAAAGGACUCUCAGGACCUCCAGUAUGAGAAUGGUGUGCUUGUGCUUAUUGGAAAGCUUGUCGCACAUGGCUUAGACAGCAUGGCCGCCAAGGAGUUGAGGUCUUUGAAAAGGAGGCUGGACAAGCACAUUAGCCGCGACGCUGGAUUGGAAGCGCCAAAAAAUGGUGCACAAUCUGCUGGGGCUAUGGAUAAAGAAAACCUGGCAUCGCUGCUGGACUUUGCAGCCAUAGACCCGAACAGCCCUGCUGUACCACUGGUUGCAAGCUUUCAAACAUACACAUUGCGCAUCAUCGCAAAGCUCAAACGACCACGCACCGUGGAAGCCACCUGGGAAUUUCUGAAAAUGACAAGCCCUUCAUCACCCGCAAAUCUCCUUUGGCAUACUGCGAAGUCGCCGGCCAGCCAAGCCAAGGCAGCAAGACAGCUGGAGUCGUUAGCGCAGACAAUUCUCUCGCUAUGCCCAAGUAUCUCGAGCGCAGAAGAUGCGAAUACUCUCCAACCAUCUGCGGAGAAGGUACUACUUCUGCAACAUCUGGCCUUCAGUGUGAGAAAGCAGUGGUGGGACCUGGUCAAACAUCAAGGCAAUGAGGAACAGGAACUGUCGGAACCAUUCGCCAAAUGUCUGGUCGCUUUUGCUCGCAGAUCACAACUUACACCAAGUAAAAAGUACAAGUUAGCCGAGACUUUGUACACUGACCUUGUUGGAUGGCCGGACGGUGCCACUACAUCGCCAAAUGGCGCUCCUGCCUCCGCUACUGCAAGCAAGGCCCUCUCAUCACUUGCGCAAGCUGCGGGUUUGUCGGACCUGGCUCUUCGGUGGUUGGGCUCCUCAAGUACCCCCUCCGCCUCCAAAACCUCGGCCGCAAAGCAAACAGCGAGAGCGGUACGAAUAGCCACCAUCACCCUAGAGGCGUACAUUAAGGGCGAGAAAAAAAGUGAUCUGGAGACCACAAUCACCAAUGCUCUCGAAACAUUAAACGGCAGCUUGGGUGGAUCAGCAAUGGAACUUGAGACGCUCUUUGCAGAAGUGAAUGCCUUGAGACGUGCAGCAACAAAACUGCUUAUUGCGAGCUUGUCCAAGCCAGUAAGCGAUGCUGAAAAGUCACCUAUCGAGCGACGUGCUGUGCCUAUUAUUGCGGCGAGUGUGCGCUUCUCAGCAAGGUUUGUGGGUACUGCACGACCAAAUGCAGCUGACACGAAAAUCCAAAGCCAACAUCACGAACGGAUAGCCCUUGCCUGGAAGUAUACGAAGGGUACUCUCGACUCGGUCAUGGCAUGUUGUAAACAGGCUAUCAAGACUGAAGAUGAGUGGAAAGAGCUGGAUGCACUUCUACAAGAGUGUGCGCAUAUCCUACGGCGUUUCGAGGAAGAAGUCAGAGAAGAGACUCUUUUGGCUGAGGACAGCGACUCCCUCAUUGCUUCGUAUAUGGUCAAAUUGUCUAACGGAUAUUGGGCUCUAUACCUACAAUUACGGAGAGCUCGCUGCAACCUUGCUACCCUCGUUUUGGCCAUGCAGCGCUCCAUCGACCUUGUACAAUCAAGAGACGCGACUGAGCAGGCGAGUGCCCUUCUUCCAAUGAAGCUUGAGCAACUAGGCGAGGCUUUGGAGGAUUUGGGUCAGACGGAAAACUCUCGCAACGCUUUUCGACAAUGCAUACAGAGCCACCUUACUGAUUCUGUCUUGGGGCAGCUAUCUGACGCUGCAGCAAAAUCGCCUCUCUGUGCCAUCUUCAAUGAUGAUGGGCCAUUCAGUGUCCUUAUCAGGGUUCUGAAAGCAUACCACCAUUCGUUUGUCAAGUUUGGCAUUCAGCAACCAGACGAAAUUGCAUUCUUUGACAAUGAGGCGAUCCAAUCAGAUGCUGAGGGAGCCAUUUUGGAGUUACAGUUGCGAUUCUACCUACGGACAUUGUCAAAAAACCGACGCUGGGACUCGAAUUUGGACAAGUCCAUUUGCAACCUGGUCGAACGACUUGAUCAGUUGUACGCGCCAGAUACCUACCCAGUUCGCCGGCUAAGGUUAUCUAUUGCACUUCUCCAGCUUUGGCAACAUGACCCUCAGAUCAUAUCUCAGAACGCACAAUCUUCCGACUCAGCUUCCGACGAUGAGAUAGCAGUAGAGGGCACUCAAGACGAAGCCUUGAAGGGAUAUCGAGCUCACUUACAAGCACUGCGCGACCUCAAGUCAUCGAUGCAGCAGCCUUCUCCUCCAACAUCAACUCUUCAACAGUGUUUUGCUAUGUGGGAGUCUCUGGUGAAUUCCGCAUCUUCUUGGGAAGUACUGAAUGGACGCAUCGAUCAUGUAGAUGUUUGGCUGCAAGAUCUUCAAGCGUGUCUUGAGUUUCUCAAUGCAAAGGGUGAAGAGUACCUUGCCUUGCCGCUCCUUCAUUUGCUAGUCAAGAUCCUCGAGCUUCAAAAGAGUUGCGAUGCAUCUCAGCUUCUCACCACGCUGUGCGCUUUGGCCCUGCAAUUGCUGCGUCUUGGUUACACAGGAAAAGCAGGCCUUUGCCUAGCCAAGGGUGAAGCGCUCAUCGGAUGUCGAACUUGUUCUGUCGAAGCCAAGCUGCAGUGGCACGUGGCGUAUGCUGAAUAUCUCCUCGGAAUUGGGAACACAACGAAGUCAUCAUCCAUAAUGGCAAAUGCCCAAUCCAUCGCGCUGGGAGAUCGCCAGUUCAUGGACCUAGCAAAGCCCACAACGACGCUCUCUGGCAGACUACGGUUCAACAGGAUAGUAGCCGAUGCUUCCUAUGUCCAGUCGCUACUCGCUACCGCUGCUGGGUCAUACAAGGAAGCGGCUCGUCAUGCCAGACAGUGCGUCACGCUAAACCGUCGUAUCUGGGCUGCGCUCGAGUCGCGGUCGAACGCGAAGAAGACCACACCUGUGGAAGACGCUGAAUCUGAAGUUGAUGGGUCGAGCCGAGCAGCGUUUGACCCGUUGAGUUCUUUGCGCAUGGAGAAGGGAGUACCUGUCGUCAUGUCUCUAACACAUGACGCUCUCAGCGGGCCUGACUUUUGGGCGUUGGUACCGUCACUGUACCGGGCUUUGAUGCAACAAUCCCAAAUCUUCGCGCAUCAAGGACUGCUGAAUGAGGCAAUUUAUGUCGCCGAACAGGCCGAAAAGGUUGCUUGUGCAACACAGUCAGCGACACUCAAGACCGAUAACGCCAGCUGGCGCGCAGACUGCUGGGCCCAGAGCGACAGACCCGAUAAAGCCGACGCAAUUCUCAAAUCGCUAGAUGCCCCGUCCUCUCGCAAGUGCCUAUCCACUGCAGGCUACUAUUCCGCCGUUGCCAGAACGCAUCACUGGAAGGGCGAAUAUGAGCAGGAGAUUGCAUCGUACACUCUCAUGGAACUACUUCUCAAGGAUUUGAGUUCGCCCACAUAUAUCAAGACGCUGGAAUCUUUUUUGUCUACGGUUGAGUCUCUUACAGAGCAGCUAUCGUCGUUGACUGUGCAAGCCACUGAAGCAGUCAAGACAAAACCGGCAACGAGAGGCCGUAAGCCGGCAACAAAGGCAGCAGCACGAGGAACUGCUAAAUCUGUGGCUGGCACUCGGUCUAGAGCAGCUACGGGAGGGGUUGCGAAAACUGCAUCGCGAUCUACUCGCCAACUCGGAGCGCCGGCGGCCUCGGAGGAACCCAACACUGCCGAUCAAUGUGCCGCAUUGAGCAUCUUCCAAGCUAGCAUGAGGGACCGAGCUGUGCUCGCAAAUAUCAUGCACGACGAUCUUGCCCAGGCCCUGAAACUACUUGGACAAGCAGAAGAGUUGCAGAGCGGCUUAAACCAGGAAGUAUCACAUAUGUGGGCUACUUUCAAGGCUAAGCUGGCACAAAGCGCAAGGCAAAUCGCAGAGGACUUUACGGUAAACACGCUGCCAGAGUCAACCAUUGCGUUCCCGGCUUUUGGUCUCACAGAUCGAAGGUUCUCGGAAGUGGCACCUCCGCAGAAGGGCACUCUCGUGGCUCCUGCUACUACCAAACCUGGCCGGGCAAAAAAGCAGCCAAAGGAAGACUUCAUGGAUACACUUCGUGAAGCACGAGAGAGACUUGUAGAAGCACAUGCCCUGUGUGCUAGCAAUGGCUCCAACCACCUGUUUCGCCAAACGUCGAUGGCGCUCGGCCACGUGACUGUACUCAUGUCAGCCGUCUCUGGAAGCGACCUGCCGGGCUCACUUCAUCCACUGUAUGCAGCCUACAUGAGUGAAUUGCCCAAGUUCAACGCAUUGAGGCUCAUGCAAGAGUCGACGGAGGCGGAAAAAGAGCAGUUUUCCCGCGAUGAAUGUCUGCAAUGGCCAGUCACCGAUGGCUCAUCAUUCUCGUUUGCCUCGAUUUCGGAGUUUCAGAAAAACUACGUCGACAUCAUCCCACAGAGCUGGACUGCGGUAUCGCUGGCUCUUAGUGAGGCCCGUGAUGAGUUGUUCAUUACUCGUUUCGAGAGCGGCUUGUCACCAUUUGUGCUGCGCCUACCCUUGGCGCGCCACGCCUCUCGCGACAUGGACGAGGACGAAUUCUCGUUUGAUGAUGGAAAGAGAGACUUUGACGAAAUCAUUGAGCUCAGCGACUUCAGCACUCGAAGCGCCAAGGACAUGACUACUAGGGAAGCUCGACAACAGUGGUGGGCUGAGCGUGAGGCUCUCGACGCGCGACUUCACGAACUACUCAUCAACAUGGAAAACAUCUGGCUGGGCGGGUUCCGGGGAGUUUUCUCCCAAUACGAGCGGCAACCGGCCCUUCUCGCUCAAUUCCGCAAAUCGCUAGAGGACAUUCUGAACGAGCACCUGCCGUCGCGCAAAAAGAAGAGUCAGCAAAAGCGGCCAGUGUUGGAUACGCGAGUUUUGGAACUUUUCAUUGGACUUGGCGAUGCUACCAAUGAAGAGGUCGACUUGGAUGAAGCACUGAUGGAUCUGAUUUACUUUGUGGUUGACAUUCUGCAGUUCAACGGGGAGCGCAAUGCUUACGACGAACUGGAUUUUGAUAGCAUGGUGGUGGAGACGUACGAAGCACUACGCGCCUACCACAGCGCGUCUCACAAGCUCGAGGCUGCCUCUCGCCACACGAUACUCAUUUUGGAUAAAAACCUGCAUUGUUUCCCGUGGGAGUCGCUGCCGUGUCUAGAGCAACUGUCCAUUUCCAGGCUGCCGUCACUUGCCGCGCUUCGCGAAAGGUUGCUCUCGGCCCGGCCAUGCGCAGCGAAAUGGGAGGACGCCCCGCCUGGUCAUUACAUCUGCUCAAGCAGAAGGGGUACAAGCCUGCUCAACCCAUCGGGGGACUUGGCUCACACAUCGAAAACCAUGGCUCCGCGUCUAGAGCAGCUCGAGGGUUCAUGGAAAACCAUUGCCAAUCGCGCGCCGUCGGAAAAAGAAUUUGAAGAGUCGCUACGAGAAAAGGACGUGGUUCUGUACUUUGGGCACGGCAGCGGAGCACAGUAUGUCAAAUCCAAGGCAGUGCGGCGCCUUUACCCCGGCCAGCAAGACGAGGAAAACAGGAAGGCUGGGUGCGCGACGACGCUCCUGUUUGGCUGUUCGUCUGCUCACCUUACUGAAAACGGCAUUUUUGAGCCUUCGGGCAUGCUUGCUUCGUAUCUCACUGCGGGUGCACCCGCAGUGCUGGGCAUGCUCUGGGAUGUGACGGACAAAGAUUGCGAUCGCUUCGCCGUCAAGACUGGCGAGCUGUGGGGGCUGUGGCCCAAGCUGGCGGAAGACGGCGGUCUUGCUCCAAAGACGCCAGCAAAGACAGCCGGGAAGAAGGCAAAGGGCAAAGGCCGAGCGGCACAAGUGGCAGACGACGUGGCGGGGACGGGGGUGGGAAGUGCCCGGAAGGGAAAGAAGACUGCAAAGGGGGUCGACGAUGGGACCGGCAUGGAAGCAGACGACAGGCCAGGGAGGGUUGGUCUGGACGGGGCCGUCCAGGGCGCACGGAAAGCAUGUGUACUGAGAUAUCUCAACGGGGCGGCGGGAGUCGUGUACGGCAUCCCGGUAUAUCUGGAGUAG